AUGAGGAUGAAUACUCCUAAACAAGCAUGCUGGCUUGUUAGGAAGAUCUUUGAUAUCAGAUAUUGGUUUCUGGAAAAGUAUAGAAGUGAUGACUUGCAUAUGUACUAUAGCAAUGGCAAAUUUAGCAUUAAAAAGUUAUAUAUUGCUAUGAGACCUCAAUUUCAGAAAAGCUUGUGGAAAAAAGUAUUAACUGGAUCUAAGGCAAUACCAAAACACAGAUUCAUACUGUGGUUAGCAGUACACAGGAAACUAGCUACAGUUGAUAGACUUGAGAGAUGGGGAAUAACAGUAGCAAAGGAAUGUGUACUAUGUGCAACAAAGGAAGAGGAGUCAAUGGAACAUAUAUGGUUUGGAUGUUACUAUGCCAGAACAAUAUGGGCUAUACUGCUACAAUGGCUCAAUGAGAAGCAUCAUAUUGGAAGCUGGGAAGAGGAAAUUGAAUGGCUGAGAAGAAGGACUGCUAAUAAAACUCGAGGUGAAAUAUUGAUAUUCCUAUUCACAGCUAUGGUAUAUCAUGUCUGGGCAGAGAGAAACAAAAGAAGAUUUCAAGGGAAAAUAGUUGCCAGUUCUCAUAGAAUCAAAGACAUUGUGAUGGAAUUACAUAUAGUAGGGCAAAGAGAAACAAAGUGGCAUACAGAGCUAGAAAAGCUGAAGAAUUUUCCUUAG